GGAGGAAGUAGAUUGUAACGUAGUAUAUUUUACUAUCGAGGGAAAGACUCCUCCCGUUAUGAAUCUCAAAUCUAGUUAUGGUUCUUUUUUCAAGGUGAAAGCAUCAUCAGAUAUUUGGUUAAAUAAUUUAUAGGUAAGUGUUUACGGUUUAGCCUACCAUUUGCAUGAUUUUGGUUUGCUGUCGAUGUUAUUUGUGUUGGCUGUCCUGCAGCCACAUCGAACUUUGAAAACGAGGAACUUUUGUCAAGAGAAAAUUAUAACUUGUUGGUGAAACCAUAAGGAGAGGAAGUACAAACCAACGACGCUAGACAGAGAGGAAUAUGCUUAAGCAAAAGGCAGUUUAUUAAACACAGAGAUAGCUGGUACUGCUCAAGCUACAUGCAUGGGCCCAAUGCAUGGACCCAAUCAAUUGCCUCUUAUGGAGACAGUUGAGAAGGAAUAAAAAACAGAGUUUACAGCAUUACUUUAUACAAUGUAACACAAAGGAAGGGGUCCUUCUUCUAGUCCCUUGAUUGGUUCCCGAGGCGUAGGAGGCGGGUCUGCUCUGUCCAGAGUAGAAGCCCCUUUGGUGCACGGCAGAGUCCUCUGCCUUGGGCACACCCGGAACCAAUGUAGAAUAGAAGUUGCGUUUGUGUGUGUGCGUAACUCGUGGAGGCAUGUAGGAGAGGUGUCGGUAUGCAUGGAGACUGUGUGUGUGCAUGUGUGUAUGUUCUCAAAGGAACAGACUCGUGGGGAAGCAACCAGAUUGUGGCCUGUGGCGUGGUUGUUGGUCCUUGAGAAGGAUAUUGGCUCUGUCCAUUGUUCUUGCAUAGGGAAACAGCAUUUGAUUGAAAAACAUAGCCCCUCCUCACAUUUUAAAAUGGGUCAUGCACAAGAUUUUAGUCUAGACCACAGCUAUAACCAUUUUAAUACUUUACUACGAAAACUCCAUUAUUACAGUGAACGUAACCUUAUUUACUCAAGUAGGUAACCCACGUUUGCUUUCUGUAACCGAGCAGCAAAUUAUUUAGUCUACGUGGCACACUGUAUGGCUACAAUAAGUAUAUGUUUGCAUAAGCAAUCACAUGUAAAGUCUAUGCGCUAUUUUACUUUCACUAUGAAAGUGAAACUAACUUGAUGUGAAACAAUACAGAAACCUUUCUUAACUCCCUGAAGUUGGUAGUAUGGUGAACCAAUAUGAGAAAGCGAAGACUUCCUAAGGCCCAAAAAAAAUAAUUAACAUUAAAUAAAUGUUGUCCACCACCAGUGGCAUGUGUUCAUGGAUGCCAAGGGAAGCCAGUCUUCCCCAAAUAUUUGACCAAUAAAAUAAUUUAUAUUUCGUCUCUCUGUUUCCAUAAUUUUUUGUCGUCACGGCCUUAUUGUAUAUCACGGUGGCGUAUGAACGAAUGGGUUAUAGAGCAAACAACGCAAUUAUCACAACAUAGGUUGUAAUAUGUAUUUUUUACUGGCUUGCACGCACCGCUACUGUCCACCACAGCCUGCAGGGCUGUAAGUGCAAGUAAGUGUUUGGCGUUCUUCAGUCCUGGGGACCCACAUGCUGUGCAACAUUUUGUUCCAGCCCAGUAAUAUGUCACACCUGAUUCCACUUUAUUAGUUGAAUCAGAUGUUAAUAGCCUGCUGUGCUGGAACAAAACCCUGCACUGUCUGUGGGUCCCUCAGAAAGAUGAUUGAAGAGGGAGACGGCACCAGUUUUAUACUAGAGAUUAUUGUUUUAAAAUGGUUAGCGACCAACAUAAGUCAACAUUACAUUAAAUUUUUUAUUUUAUUAAUUUAAUCCUGAUCCUUUAGUCUUUGGAAAACAUCCCUGUGUUCCAGGCUGUCUUGUUGCGUGGCAGUGAGAUGGAGAACCAUGCAACAGCAAGGGCCGCGGUCGAUACGUGCGGAGUGGACCAACGUAGCGAAGAGUAUCGGCUGCUCAUGGCCUACUGUGGCAAGAGGAAGAGGCAGCGGUCAGGCCCAAUGCCUCAACGUCAUGGCGUCAUUCAAAAACAAGGUACUCCUCCGUCCAGACCUAAUGCUAAAUUUUAUGACACCGGUCCCAUAUACUGCAGAUUUCAAAGUCCUUCUCCGUUCAAACAAGGCCCAGGGGGAGUGAAGAGGAAGUUGAAAACAGUGGUGGUGAAAAAGGGAGCAACAAAGACAGGGGAUGUAUCCACACCUAGUAUCUAUACAGUUACAGGUAUGUUUCUGUGCUCUGGAACAUUCUGUGCGGAACAGUGGAGGCUGGUCGGAGGAGCUAUAGGAGGACAAGCUCAUUGUAAUGACUGGAAUGGAAUUGAUGGAACGGAGUCAAACAUGUGGUUUCCAUAUGUUUGAUACCAUUCCAUUGAUUCCAUUCCAACCAUUACAAUUAGCCCGUCCUCCAAUAGCUCUUCUCACCAGCCUCCUCUGGCGCGGAACCAUGUAAUAUUAUGUGUCAAAUAUAAGGAUUGAUCACAGAAUAUUGUGCUACUUUGAACAGACACAUUUACAGUGAGGGAAAAAAGUAUUUGAUCCCCUGCUGAUUUUGUACGUUUGCCCACUGACAAAGACAUGAUCAGUCUAUAAUUUUAAUGGUAGGUUUAUUUGAACAGUGAGAGACAGAAUAACAACAAAAAAAUCCACAAAAACGCAUGUCAAAAUGUUUAUAAAUUGAUUUGCAUUUUAUUGAGGGAAAUAAGUAUUUGACCCCUCUGCAAAACAUGAGUUAGUACUUGGUGGCAAAACCCUUGUUGGCAAUCACAGAGGUCAGACGUUUCUUGUAGUUGGCCACCAGGUUUGCACAUAUCUCAGGAGGGAUUUUGUUCCACUCCUCUUUGCAGAUCUUCUCCAAGUCAUUAAGGUUUCGAGGCUGACGUUUGGCAACUCGAACCUUCAGCUUCCUCCACAGAUUUUCUAUGGGAUUAAGGUCUGGAGACUGGCUAGGCCACUCCAGGACCUUAAUGGGCUUCUUCUUGAGCCACUCCUUUGUUGCCUUGGCCGUGUGUUUUGGGUCAUUGUCAUGCUGGAAUACCCAUCCACGACCCAUUUUCAAUGCCCUGGCUGAGGGAAGGGGGUUCUCACCCAAGAUUUGACGGUACAUGGCCCCGUCCAUCGUCCCUUUGAUGCGGUGAAGUUGUCCUGUCCCCUUAGCAGAAGAACACCCCCAAAGCAUAAUGUUUCCACCUCCAUGUUUAACGGUGGGGAUGGUGUUCUUGGGGUCAUAGGCAGCAUUCCUCCUCCUCCAAACACAGCGAGUUGAGUUGAUGCCAAAGAGCUCGAUUUUGUUCUCCUCUGACCACAACACUUUCAAUCAGUUAUCCUCUGAAUCAUUCAGAUGUUCAUUGGCAAACAUCAGACAGCCCUGUAUAUGUGCUUUCUUGAGCAGGGGGACCUUUCGGGCGGUGCAGGAUUUCAGUCCUUCACGACGUAGUGUGUUACCAAUAGUUUUCUUGGUGACUAUGGUCCCAGCUGCCUUGAGAUCAUUGACAAGAUCCUCCCGUGUAGUUCUGGGCUGAUUCCUCACCGUUCUCAUGAUCAUUGCAACUCCACGAGGUGAGAUCUUGCAUGGAGCCCCAGGCCGAGGGAGACUGACAGUUCUUUUGUGUUUCUUCCAUUUGCGAAUAAUCGCACCAACUGUUGUCACCUUCUCACCAAGCUGCUUGGCGAUGGUCUUGUAGCCCAUUCCAGCCUUGUGUAGGUCUACAAUCUUGUCCCUGACAUCCUUGGAGAGCUCUUUGGUCUUGGCCAUGGUGGAGAGUUUGGAAUCUGAUUGAUUGAUUGCUUCUGUGGACAGGUGUCUUUUAUACAGGUAACAAGCUGAGAUUAGGAGCACUCCCUUUAAGAGUGUGCUCCUAAUCUCAGCUCGUUACCUGUAUAAAAGAUACCUGGGAGCCAGAAAUCUUUCUGAUUGAGAGGGGGUCAAAUACUUAUUUCCUUCAUUAAAAUGCAAAUCAAUUUAUAACAUUUUUGACGUGCGUUUUUCUGGAUUUUUGUUGUUAUUCUAUCUCUCACUGUUCAAAUAAACCUACCAUUAAAAUUAUAGACUGAUCAUUUCUUUGUCAGUGGGCAAACGUACAAAAUCAGCAGGGGAUCAAAUACUUUUUUCCCUCACUGUAUGUAACCCCUGCAACUGAACACACUGUAUUUGUGUGUGUGUGGGUGUGUGUGUGUGGGUGGUGUGUAUGUUUGUGCAUGUGUGUGUAAAUCACUUGCCGGAGGUGCAGGAGGAGAGGACAAUACCUUGAAUGGAGUAGCAGACAGGUUGACUCAGAUCGCAGACUCUGUGCAGAUCACAACAGACGACAUAGAGGCAGACGGGACAGAGGAUCAAAAUGGUGGGUCUCUUUCACACAACAGUAAAGUUGAUGAUAAUAAAAUGGAUUCCAUCUGUUAAAGGUGCUAAAAUUUUUGCAUUGUAAUUUCAGAAAAUGGCCAUAAUAUAUCUGCAGUAAUAGUGGAAUGAUAGUGUAUCACAGUAUUACUUACCUGCCAGUGUUGUGAUUGGCUAUGAUAUUCACCUAUUGAUUUCUCCUUCCGGAGCGGCAUCUGUUGUCAAAAUGGGAAAGCUGUGUGUCUGUGUGAUCUAGUGGAAAUCAGGUCAAGCGGCCAAUGGGAUUUGUUUUGAAUGCAGCCUAGUGCUGUUGCAAUUCACCUAGCUUCCACAUGGGGAAGAAACUGUGUAGCACCUUUAAGUGCUUUUUCUUACAGUUGUAGCUUUCAAGGUACUUUACAUGAUAUAGUAGGGUAACCCGACGAUUUGCAUGAAGUUGAACUGAUUGGUUUUGUCUCCCUGCAGAUGUCAUCCGAAGACUAGUGGAGUUGCUGAAGGCGUCUGGAGACAAGCUGAAUGAGGAGGUGUGUGUGUGCGUGCAUGAACUUACUUGUGUGUGGGUUUUUUUCAUGGAGAGAGAGGGGAAGGGUUUCAAAUGCAGUUGGACUACCCAUUUAUCACCACAAGAUGACUUUGUUCCAUAGUCAAACAUCCAUUGACUCUAAAUAACAGAAUACAGUACUCUAUAUGUUACGAAUGCAUAUAUACUGUAUAAGGCUCUGUCCUUUCACAAUUAUGUCAUCAAAUGUCUCCCUUCCUCUCAACUCCCUCUACCCAAACCCUUGCUGACCUCACCCUCUGCCACCCUCCCUCCCUCCCCUCCUUUCACCCUCCCUCCCUCUCCUUUCACCCUCCCUCCACCUCCUUUCACCCUCCCUCCACCCUCCCUCCCUCUCCUUUCACCCUCCCUCCACCUCCUUUCCACCCUCCCUCCACCCUCCCUCCCCCUCCUUUCACCCUCCCUCCACCUCCUUUCACCCUCCCUCCCCCUCCUUUCAUCCACCCUCCACCAUAUCAGAUCAAUAGAAACCCCAUCUUGCAGAGGCACCUCCAGACUUCCUUCACUUACAGUCUGUUUGAGAAGGUGACCUCCACCCUGCUCCAGAUGGUGACAGGGGUAGGGGGUGAUGAUCCUGUAGCCCGGGUAGGCUACCCUGCCCCUGAGAAGGAGGAGAGGGUCCAGAGGGAGCAGAUUGCCCUGGCCUGCGAGGUGACUAGCAGGCUGUCUGCUCUGGACCUCCACCCCAUGAGCCGGGCCAUGGGCUUUGGGACACGCUACAUCCAGGAGCACCACACGGCCUGGGUGAAGAGGCAUGGGGGCUGGGUGAGUACUGCAGAACCAGGGCAGGGUCGUCUGUCAGGAGAGGGUAAGGGGAAUAGCAGCUUAAAAUGGCUGAUAUUCCUAAAUGAGAGUAAAGAGAGAAAAAUGAGCGGGGAAAAAAUUGUUGUUUUCUACAUUCUGUAAUUGUCUUGUCUUCCUUCCAGAAUAAUGUGUUUGACAGUGAUUAGACCUGCCAGGCAUUUCAACUGCUUCAACCAUCCAUGGAAAUCAAUUUAAAUUUUUAUGAAGAUUUUGCUGAAUAUUCAAUUAAAUGUUUAAUUUGCUCCUAAAAGCUGUGGAUUCACUUACUGUGCUUACAUUAAUAAGACUAUGUUUCUUAGUGAAACAGACUACAUUUUGUUCAUGUUAAAGAGAUCCUUCUAAUACAUUCCAAAAGUUAUGUACUGUGUUAGAUACUGAACAUUAGGCCCGAUUUAGACUUGAAAUAAACAGAUUUAGCAUGGGACUUAAGUCCAUAAAACAUGGACUUAAGUUUUUUUAAAUGACUUAAGUCCAUGUUAAAUCAUCUUAUCUCAAGUCUGAAUAUUAGGGCCUAUAGUGAAUGUAUAGCUUUCUUGAUGUUUGGGUUUAAAUCUCAACCGCUAAAAUGACAUUGAACCUGUGAUUUAUGAAUAAACUGUGCAGUUGCCUUAAUGGUUGUAUGUGAAAUAUUAUUCAAAUG